AUGAUUCUCGUUCUGAGCUUUUUAAUUUUAAAAUUUUUUGUCGAAGCAAAUACUCAGACGGUUUCAAUACGAGAGUGUCAUAAUGGAGGUGUAGAAAAAGAUCCACCUGACCGAGGUGAUAAACCAAGGCGCCCCGUCCCCAGCACAUCAGCUUGUCGAGAUAACGAUCGAAAUGGUUUGUGCAACGCUUUGUUCCCAAAUGAUGCCAUUGCUACCAGUUUAAAUCCAAGUGUUACUCUACCAUAUAUUCAGCGAUCGCCACCAGAUUAUGUGCAUCAACGUGCGCUUUAUGUUGCAAAACUCCUCAGUUCAGCAGCUGUCCCGAUAGUGAGCCGAAAUUUGGCUUCAAGAUGCAAAGAUGAAAAAAUUGAUUGUGCACGACAUCAACAUCUUUGUCGUUUACAUCCAUUCUCAUUGUAUUAUAGCGUUUAUUGCCGUAAAACAUGCAAUUUUUGCUGA